CGGUGCAUGCCGGGCCGGCGGCGGGCGGGGCCUGUGCUCCCGUCAUGGCGGCGGCUGUGGCUUCCAGUCUCUGGCUUUGGGCUGCGCUGCUUAUUCCUGCGGCCGCAGUCUAUGAAGACCAAGUGGGCAAGUUUGACUGGAGACAGCAGUAUGUUGGGAAGCUCAAGUUUGCCUCCUUGGAAUUUUCCCCUGGAUCCAAGAAGUUGGUUGUGGCCACAGAGAAGAAUGUAAUUGCAGCUUUAAAUUCUCGUACCGGGGAGAUCUUGUGGCGCCAUGUUGACAAGGGUACUGCAGAAGGGGCUGUGGACGCCAUGCUGCUGCACGGACAGGAUGCAAUUACUGUGUCCAAUGGAGGCCGAAUCAUGCGUUCCUGGGAGACUAACAUUGGGGGCCUCAACUGGGAGAUAACUUUGGACAGUGGCAGUUUCCAGGCACUUGGGCUGGUCGGCCUGCAGGAGUCAGUGAGGUAUGUUGCGGUCCUGAAGAAGACCACUCUUGCCCUUCACCACCUCUCCAGCGGGCACCUCAAGUGGCUGGAACAUCUCCCAGAAAGUGACAGCAUCCACUAUCAGAUGGUGUAUUCCUGCGGCUCUGGAGUAGUGUGGGCCCUUGGAGUUGUUCCCUUCAGCCAUGUGAACAUUGUCAAGUUUAACGUGGAAGAUGGAGAGAUUGUUCAGCAGGUCAGGGUUUCGACUCCAUGGCUGCAGCGUCUCACUGGAGCCUGUGGUGUGGUGGAUGAGGCUGUCCUGGUAUGCCCUGACCCAAGCUCACGUUCCCUCCAAACGUUGGCUCUGGAAACGGAGUGGGAGCUGAGGCAGAUCCCACUUCAGUCUCUCGACUUAGAAUUUGCAAGUGGAUUCCAACCCCGGGUUCUGCCCACGCAGCCCAACCCGGUGGAUCCUUCUCGGGCCCAAUUCUUCCUGCAGUUGUCCCCAAGCCACUACGCUCUGCUGCAUUACCAUCAUGGGACCCUGAAUUUGCUCAAAAACUUUCCACAGACUGCCCUAGUGAGCUUUGCCACCACUGGGGAGAAGACGGUGGCUGCAGUCAUGACCUGUAGGAAUGAAGCGAAACCUAGCAAUUCUGAAGAUGGGUCAAUGGGGAGCUUUUCGGAGAAGUCUAGUGCAAAGGACUCACUGGCUUGCUUCAACCAGAGCUACACUAUUAACCUUUACCUGGUGGAGACAGGUCGUCGGCUACUGGACACCACAAUUACGUUUAGCCUGGAACAGAGCGGCACUCGUCCUGAGCGGCUGUAUAUCCAGGUGUUCCUGAAGAAGGAUGACUCAGUGGGCUACCGGGCCUUGGUGCAGACGGAGGAUCAUCUGCUACUUUUCCUGCAGCAGCUGGCAGGGAAGGUGGUGCUGUGGAACCGUGAGGAGUCGCUGGCAGAAGUGGUGUGCCUGGAGAUGGUGGAUCUCCCACUGACUGGGGCGCAGGCUGAGCUGGAAGGAGAAUUUGGCAAAAAGGCAGCGAUUCAAGAUGGCUUGCUGGGGAUGUUCCUGAAACGCCUCUCGUCUCAGCUCAUCCUGCUGCAGGCAUGGACUUCCCACCUCUGGAAGAUGUUUUACGAUGCUCGGAAGCCCCGGAGUCAGAUUAAGAAUGAAAUCAACAUCGACACCCUGGCCAGGGAUGAGUUCAACCUCCAGAAGAUGAUGGUGAUGGUCACAGCCUCAGGCAAGCUUUUUGGCAUUGAGAGCAGCUCUGGCACCAUCCUGUGGAAACAAUAUCUACCUAGUGUUAAGCCAGACUCCUCCUUCAAGCUGAUGGUCCAGAGAACUACUGCUCAUUUCCCCCACCCUCCACAAUGCACCCUUCUGGUGAAGGACAAGGAGACAGGGAUGAGUUCUUUGUAUGUCUUCAAUCCCAUAUUUGGGAAGUGGAGUCAGGUGGCUCCCCCAGUGCUGAAGCGUCCCAUCUUGCAGUCUUUGCUUCUUCCAGUCAUGGAUCAAGACUACGCCAAGGUGUUGCUGUUGAUUGAUGAUGAGUACAAGGUCACAGCUUUCCCAGCCACUCGGAAUGUCCUGAGACAGCUACAUGAGCUUGCCCCUUCCAUCUUCUUCUAUCUGGUGGAUGCAGAGCAGGGACGACUCUGUGGAUAUCGACUUCGGAAGGACCUCACCACUGAACUGAGCUGGGAGCUGACCAUUCCCCCAGAAGUACAGCGGAUCGUCACGGUGAAGGGGAAGCGCAGCAGUGAGCACGUUCAUUCCCAGGGCCGUGUGAUGGGGGACCGCAGUGUGCUCUACAAGAGCCUGAACCCCAACCUACUGGCCGUGGUGACAGAGAGCACAGACGUGCACCAUGAGCGUACCUUUAUUGGCAUCUUCCUCAUUGAUGGCAUCACUGGGCGCAUUAUACACUCCUCUGUGCAGAAGAAAGCCAAGGGCCCCGUUCAUCUCGUGCAUUCAGAGAACUGGGUGGUGUACCAGUACUGGAAUACCAAGGCUCGGCGCAAUGAGUUUACUGCACUGGAGCUCUAUGAGGGCACCGAGCAGUACAAUGCCACCGCCUUCAGCUCCCUGGACCGCCCCCAGCUGCCCCAGGUGCUCCAGCAGUCCUACAUCUUCCCCUCCUCUAUCAGUGCCAUGGAGGCCACCAUCACCGAGCGGGGCAUCACCAGCCGACACCUGCUGAUUGGGCUGCCUUCCGGGGCAAUUCUUUCCCUUCCUAAGGCCUUGCUGGAUCCCCGCCGUCCUGAGAUCCCAACAGAACAAAGCAGAGAGGAGAACCUGAUCCCGUAUUCUCCAGAUGUACAGAUACACGCAGAGCGAUUCAUCAACUAUAACCAGACAGUUUCUCGAAUGCGAGGUAUCUACACAGCUCCCUCAGGCCUGGAGUCCACUUGUUUGGUUGUGGCCUAUGGUUUGGACAUUUACCAAACUCGAGUCUACCCAUCCAAACAGUUUGAUGUCCUGAAGGAUGACUAUGACUAUGUGUUAAUCAGCAGUGUCCUCUUUGGCCUGGUUUUUGCCACCAUGAUCACUAAGAGACUGGCACAGGUGAAACUCCUGAAUCGAGCCUGGCGUUAAAGACCAAACACUCUGUGGAGAGCCAGGGAGAGUGCGGGUCAGACAAGGAGUUCUAGCUGUGUUUGGCAGAUUGGUGGAGUGUGUGUUGGUGCUCAUCUAAGAGUUGCAGAGAAAAGGAUCUUCAUGUGGAACUCCUUUUGGGAUACACACAUUGCAGAAUCUGAUCAUGGAUGGAGACUGAACUCAUUCUUAGCUGGGAAUCUUAACACGUCUUGGUGGACUUUCCUUUGAAGUUCAAGGGCUGCUAUGCUCUUCCCUUACUUUGCCCAUUCAAGGAUGUUCUGUUUUUUUUUUUAUAAGACCUUCAGCUGUUGUCUCUUUUGUGAGGCCUGUUUCAAUUGAUUUUAGUUUGCCUUCUGUGAUUUCCUAUUUUAUCUAGAAAUCUUUCCAACUUUUUCUUUCCUUGCUAACUCCACCUUAUAGGUGCAUUUGCUGUUUUACAUUGGGGAGAAAGAGGAUUCAUUCUUAGUUGGGGUUUGAGGACUCCAGCCUCUCAUGACUUCUCUCCAAAGGAACUUAGAGUUGAGGAAUCGAUAUAUGGUGUCAAAACUAGUGUUAACCAAGCUUCUAGUUUUAUGCUCUCAUUCAUUAGGUUGGGCCAACUAAUCUUUGUUUCAGUUUAUCGAAAGUGAAGUGCAUAAUGGCAUCUUGGUUUGUUGGUCGUUGCCUAUACUUUUCACCUGAGAGUUGUCAGUGCUGAGGCCUUUAAAAAAAACUACUGCAUAUGUAGAUUGGAGAUUUCAAGGGAGGAGAGAAUCUGCUGAUCGCUAUAAGAGACUGGCACAGGUGAAACUCAUGGUGCCUCAUAAGCUCUCAUUUCAUCCACAGGUUGGUCUAAUUAUAACCCAGGUAAAGUAAGGUAUCCUUUUUAAGAAUCCCAUUAUUUAUUUUUCGUUUUAGUUAUACAUUAAUAUGUGGGUCAUUAUUUUUCUCCUAGGUGAGAUUUAAUCUUAUUGAUAACCUUUGGAGCUUUAAAGAAGAGAGGAAUACGGGUAGGGUAGGAAGCUGGCAUACUGUGGAUGUGGCAUUGCUGUUUGGGCUGCAGUCUCUGCUACAAAUUAAAGAAAUCCUCAAAGUUCCCUUGGUCAUGGAUUUGGUGAAUGAUGUUUUUCUUUACUGUGAAAUGUACAGAGACUACCAUCUCUAGCUCUGGUGAGAGAGGUACACUCAAGUGUCUGAAUAAAGUAAGUGGUGAAUGAUA